AUGUCGGUAGCCGUUACUUCUUCUUCCUCUUCUUCUUCUGCCCAUUCACAUAUGGGUCGUUCUAGAUCUCCCGAAGAUGAGAAGUAUUAUCUGAGGUUCGAUGAUGAUGCUAAGCUUCGAGACUGGAUGUUCGAUACGCAAACCCAACUACGGUCUUUAGAUAUUCAAGCAAUUUUUCACGGCUACGAUCUUUUUCCUAUACAUUUCCCAUCGAAGGGAGAACAAGAGAGUAAGGAUGUUUAUUUUUAUAAGUUGAAUAUUCAUGAUAAGAGUACUCUCCCGGAGUUGUUGGUGGAGAAGUAUGAUGUUGUUCAUGUGCGGUAUAUGUCGAUUGUGAUUUUGGGGCAACAGUGGGAAGGGGCAUUUGGGAAUUGUCUGGGGUUUUUGGAGCCCGGUGGGGUUAUGAUUUGGGAAGAGAUUUUGUUCGAUGAGUUUGAAAUGAGUGAUCGAUUGGAGUACCCACACGCCGCAAGGAUUUUUGAUAUGGGAGUGGCGAUGUUUAUUCGUAACGGUCUGCUACUGAACUGUUCUCCAAAACUCACACCACUCUUCGAAACCAAUUUCCAACAAUCCACGCAAACGAAGUUCUCGACUACGAACCUCAACGAGGAUUGGCAAAGAUUACAGGCAAAGAAUAUGUAUAUGGUGACGAGGGAGAUGUUGAUGAAGAAAUUAGAAGCUGGGGCGAAGGAGGAAGCUGCCGAGGAGUUGGGGUUUGGGAGUGCGGAUGAAGCGAUCGAGACAGCGGAUUUGUCGAUGGAGGAUUAUAGGAAGGGAUGUUUGACGAAUAUGACUAUUUGCCAAUGGAUUGGAGAGGGUUUUGGGGGGUGA